AUGUCUGCCACGACGUCUAUUGCGCCGAGCGCGGCCUCUCCUUCGGCGACCAGCACCGGUUCUUCGAACGGAGGCAGCGGUCCAACCAGCUCACCUCUUCUGUUCUUUGUCGCCCUUGGUUUCGGUGUCGUCUUCACCAACUUAUGGAUUAUUGUCGGUGUGAAGUACUGCUUCCGCUACAACCAGCGCAACCGCCAGCGCGCACUCGGCGAAGAUGGUAACCCCAUUGACCUAAUGGCCAUGCCUCGCCCUCACAGGCGUCGCAAGGAAAAGAAGCUCAUGACCAUGGACGAUGUGAACGAGCGCUUCCCUCUCACAAAGUACAAGGUCUGGAGAGCCUCACGCGAGGCCCAUGGACUGCCUGCCGCUGGCGGUGUCAGCGCUGCCCCGAGUCGCGCUCCAAGCAUUCGACAGUCCGAUCCGCCAACCCUGCAAGACCCACCUCAAUCUCCUCGUACUACUCUAGAAAUUGCCCAGCAACACCAUGCCACCACCAUUACCGCGGCCUCGUCGACUGCCCCUAUCACUACUUAUGACAAAGUGCCAUUGGAAAAGACAGAGACCGUUGCGUCCUCUAUACACGAACACGACCACGAGUCUGACGACGAAGACGACCCCAUCCACACUUGCGCCAUCUGUCUGGAUAACCUCGAAGAUGAUGACGACGCCGACUACUAUGUUCCAAAGCCUCGUGCUGCAGAGGAUGCCGACGAAACUGGUCGUAGGGAGCGCGGUAUGCGUUUACCCUCAAGCCCUGCCGCUGCUUGGAUCGGUGCUCGUAGAUCAGGUACCACGGGCAGGAGGCGCAUGAUGCUAGGUGGUCCGAGAUUCCUGGUAGCCGAAUCUCACACCGACCAACAUGGCUUCCCACAAGUCGUGCAAAGAGGUCCGGACCAGGGCAACGCACAUGAGACUCAAGGUGGCUGGCUUAGCAGACUGCCCCGUUUUUCGAACCCUCUUCGACGCGGAAAUGAUUCGACGCAGGGCAACACUACAACUACUACACCAAGCGAUCUUGAAGCUGGAAAUUCAAGAUAG